AUGAAGGCCACGGGCGCGUGCUAUAACGGGAAGCUGUAUUCCCUCGCCAGCCCGGACGGCGACGCUUGUGAAUGCUUCGACGACGGAUGCCUGGACAAUAAAUUCUCGACGCCAAGGAGCGUGGGCAAGCUAGGCGACAGCUUUGGCGGCGUCACGAAAGAGGACCUGAUCGCUAGCGCAGUGCGUACGUACCUCGCCAACGGCGGCAAGAACGGCGCCAGCACCGAUGACGAGGGCGUGCAGAACGACCUCCAGGACGUGGACUUCACGAGGCCGGGCUUCAUUCGCAUCCCCUUCUGUCGCGCUGAGCGCGCGUUGCAGAGAUGGGAAGGGGCGACAAAGGACGACGCAAAAGGCUUCAACGAGAACUAUCCGUGA